AUGAUUACCCAUCCUUCAUCUGCGGCAACUAACACUCGCCACCACUCCUCUCCCUCUUCCGCGACUCUCGUCACCAAAGCCGACUCGUCGCCGCCGCCUACUUCUUGUUCAUGGGCUCAUGUCCCGUCCGCUCGUUUGAUCUUCGCUUCUCCUGGUGCUAUACCACCACCACCUAUAUCCCGCUCCUUGUUCCUUUCCGCUGACUCUCCCCACAUUGAUUGA